AUGGUUGAAACUCCUCCCACACUAGCAGAUUCUUCUGCAUCUAAUGAAGGAACCCAGACUCAAAACUCACUGAGACUCAAACCAAAAAAAAACUCCAUUGAUUCAACUAAUCCUCUUUACUUCCACCCAUCUGAUUCACCAGGAAUGGUGCUUGUGAACUCUGUGUUUGAUGGAAAGGGUUAUGGAGGCUGGCGUAGAGGAAUCUUGAUUGCCUUGUCUGCCAAGAACAAGGUGGGUUUCAUUGAUGGAACCCUAUCUCAACCUCCCAGUUCUUCAGAUCUGUCCAAAACUUGGACAAGGUGCAAUGAUAUGAUAAGUGAGUCAGUUCAGGGAAAUUUGGAUGUAGCAAGUUACUAUACUAAACUCAAAAGACUAUGGGAUGAGUUAGAUAGUUUAGAUAUCACUCAACAUUGCAACUGUGACUGCACUUGUGGUGGAAAAUCAAAAACAAACAAAUCUCAACAAGAUGGAAGGUUGAUCCAAUUUCUCAUGGGCUUAAAUGAUGCCUACAUUGGGGCUAGAAGCACUUUACUUUUAAUGUCCCCUUUACCAUCUGUCAAUCAUGCUUACUCUUUGCUAAUCAGGGAUGAGAAGCAAAGAGAGUCUCAUGAUUCACAAAGGUACAACUAUGAUAAGAAACCAAGCUAUGAAGGAAAAGGAAACAAUAACAAUCUCUUUUGUACCUAUUGCAAGAAGACUAAUCACACAAUUGGAAGGUGCUAUAGGUUGAUUGGGUUUCCAGCAGAUUUCAAGUUUACCAAGUCAAAGAAGUACCCUACUAGUGCUAAAAGUAAUGCAACAAUGACACAUGAGGAGACUAUUCUCAACUCAACUAGUAUGGGAGACAAACCAAUGACUUAA